UCGAAUCCCCUCUGACAUCGGCUUCUUCAGUUCGUUUUGGCUUUGGCCACUGUUCGCAGUCUGUCAGCAGUCGUCGGUGUCUGUAUCAGUUUCUCGGGUACCGCGGUGGAAGUUGGAAGUGUCCGGCUAGAGCUCUCGCCUUCGUCUGCGCUAACGUAUACUACGUAUUUGGUGGUUGUUAUCGCGAGCAUUUUAUUUAGCCAUCGCCGGCAACAAGCGAGUGAAAAGUUUUAGACGACCCUAAAUCCGGUUUUGGAAGCUCUUCAGACAGUGCCAGACGAAACUCAGAGUGUCUACGUGGUCAACGCAAGCGGAAAGAUGGCUGGUCCCAACCCCUUCCAGAACCUGCAAAAGGAGCUCACCGUCAAUGGAGAAUGUUUCCGUUAUUUCGAUAUUUCAUCGUUCGAGGAGCUCGCUGAGCUGCCGUACAGCAUCCGUGUGCUGCUGGAGUCGGCGGUUCGGAACUGCGACAACUUUCAGGUGCUCGAGAAGGAUGUCCGGGGCAUCCUGAGCUGGAAAUCGACCAAGAGCAUCAAGACUGACGUUGAGUUGGAAAUUCCAUUCAAGCCAGCGCGUGUGAUCCUCCAGGACUUUACCGGUGUUCCGGCGGUGGUGGACUUUGCAGCCAUGCGUGAUGCAGUGCUCAAGCUGGGCGGAGACCCGGACAAGAUCAAUCCUAUCUGUCCAUCGGAUCUGGUCAUUGACCACUCGGUUCAAGUGGACUUUGCACGUACGCCUGAUGCGCUGAACAAGAACCAAGACUUGGAGUUUGAGCGCAACAAGGAACGAUUCACGUUUCUGAAGUGGGGAGCCAAGGCUUUCAACAACAUGUUGAUCAUCCCUCCCGGAUCCGGUAUCGUCCAUCAGGUUAAUCUGGAGUACUUGGCGCGUGUCGUUUUCCAAGAUGAUACCAAGUCAAAGGAUGGAAGCAAGAUUCUCUAUCCAGAUAGUGUGGUUGGAACUGAUUCUCACACUACCAUGAUCAACGGGUUGGGAGUGGUUGGCUGGGGUGUCGGAGGAAUCGAAGCGGAAGCUGUUAUGCUGGGACAAGCAAUCUCCAUGUUACUUCCUGAGGUUAUCGGAUACAAGCUAGUUGGCAAGCUUAACCCUCUGGUUACGUCAACGGAUUUGGUGUUGACCAUCACCAAGAAUCUGCGCCAGAUUGGAGUCGUCGGAAAGUUUGUUGAAUUCUUCGGACCUGGUGUCAGCGAGUUAUCGAUCGCAGAUCGUGCUACGAUCAGUAACAUGUGUCCUGAGUAUGGUGCAACCGUGGGAUAUUUCCCGAUCGACCAGAACGCGUUGGAUUAUCUCCGACAGACGAACCGGGCCGAAGAUAAGGUCCAGGUCAUCGAAGCGUAUUUGAAGGCCACCAACCAGCUACGUAACUUUAGCGAUGCAUCCCAAGAUCCGGUGUAUACCCAGGUCAUUGAGCUGGAUUUGGGCACUGUCGUGACGUCCGUUUCUGGCCCGAAACGUCCCCAUGACCGUGUUUCUGUAAGCGAUAUGCAGAAGGACUUCCAGGAGUGUCUCACAAACAAAGUCGGCUUCAAGGGAUUCGCUAUUCCGGAUGCCCAACUCAAAACCGAAGGUAGUUUUAGCUGGACCGACGGAAAUACCUACUCCCUUCGACAUGGAUCGGUGGUCAUUGCUGCGAUUACAUCUUGCACAAACACGAGCAAUCCUUCCGUAAUGUUGGGAGCUGGAUUGCUGGCCAAGAAAGCUGUUGCUCUUGGACUGAAGGUUGCACCGUAUAUCAAGACUUCCCUGUCCCCUGGAAGCGGAGUUGUCACCUAUUAUCUGAAGGAAUCUGGUGUGGUCCCAGCACUGGAAGAACUCGGAUUCCACGUCGUUGGCUACGGUUGCAUGACCUGCAUCGGCAACUCUGGUCCGCUGGACGAUAACAUUGCUAACACCAUCGAGAAGAACAAUCUGGUUUGCUGCGGAGUACUUUCUGGAAACCGUAACUUCGAGGGUCGUAUUCAUCCGAAUACUCGUGCCAACUAUCUGGCAAGUCCGCUGCUGGUUAUUGCGUACGCUUUGGCCGGUACGGUUGAUAUCGAUUUCGAAAAGGAACCCAUCGGUACGACUCCGGAAGGAAACAACGUAUUUCUGCGUGACAUCUGGCCAACCCGUGCCGAAAUUCAGGAAGUUGAAAGACAGCAUGUCAUCCCAGCCAUGUUCCGUGAUGUUUACGCCAAGGUUGAGCUUGGUGCGUCAUCAUGGCAGAGCCUGAAUGCCCCAACGGGAAAAUUAUACCCAUGGGACAAUGCCUCCACCUACAUCAAGCACCCACCAUUCUUCGAAACGAUGACCCGCGAUUUGCCCAAGAUCGGAAAUAUUGUCGGAGCCCGUGCUUUGCUCAACUUGGGUGAUUCGGUAACAACUGAUCACAUUUCUCCGGCUGGUUCCAUUGCUCGAAACAGCCCGGCGGCACGUUAUCUAUCCGAACGUGGACUUACUCCACGAGAAUACAACUCUUACGGAUCUCGCCGAGGUAAUGACGCAGUGAUGGCUCGCGGUACCUUUGCAAACAUCCGCUUGGUGAACAAAUUGGUUUCCGGUGCUGGUCCUCGUACGCUUCACAUUCCCAGCGGAGAAGAGAUGGACGUGUUCGACUGUGCCGAGCGUUAUGCACAGGAGGGCACUGCGUUGAUUGCGAUUGUUGGCAAGGACUACGGAAGCGGAUCUAGUCGCGAUUGGGCAGCCAAGGGCCCGUACUUGCUGGGAAUCAAGGCCGUUAUUGCCGAGUCGUACGAGCGUAUUCACCGCUCGAACUUGGUCGGAAUGGGAAUCGUCCCGCUGCAAUAUUUGGAGGGACAAAACGCCGAGACUGUUGGAUUGACCGGAAAGGAACUGUUUAACAUUGUGUUGCCGGACAAUUUGAAGCCACACGAUAAGAUCACGGUUGAAACCGACAGCGGAUUGAAGUUCCAGGUUAUUGUUCGUUUUGAUACGGAGGUCGAUUUGGAGUACUUCCGGAACGGGGGAAUUUUGAACUACAUGAUCAGGAAGAUGAUUGCCUAAGCAAAACAAAUUGUGAACAAGUUCUUUUUAAAAGAUUGCAUGAUUUACGCAUCAAUUGAAUGAUGUUUGGGUACUAUUACAUUUUUUGAAUAAGUAAAGGUAUUUUUUGGAAA